UCAUCGCAACGAAAAUCUGAAGCAACAAGGGCAACACUUGAAAUCUCAAUGGGCAUCUCUCUACAUUGAAGAAUACAGUAAAGAAGUAUCUCCUUGUAAUGGUAACAAGCAAGAAGCAGCAAACUAUUUGUAUGGAGUUGUAGGAGAUAACAUUGUGGAACUGAAGGAGCUGUUUGCUGAGGAUGUAAUUGAAGGGUAUAGUGAUGAAGAACUGAUUUUGAUGCUGUUUGAGGAUGGAUGCUCUUUGCUCUAUUACAUGGACCACGUUGAUGUUCAGCGUCCAGAAGAACUGAAGCUAAAGCUUGAUCAGCUGAUGCAUACUUGGAGAGAUAUUGAAUUGCUGGAAAAUCAACUUCCAAUAAAAUUGCUGCAGCUGCUGAGCAAAACACAAGGUGCUGACUUGGACUAUUUACUGAUCAAUUUUAUGAGCAUGGGUGAAGAAAAGCGGAGUGGAAGGAUAACCAUCACAAUCACCUAUACGCCUACAAGAAAUCAUAUACUUGAUUUUGUUCGCUCAUUCUACCUUCAAACAGAGAUUGGACAGAAUAUCCCAAACCAAAACGGUGGAAAUCAGACUCCUCCUCCUCCUCCUCCUCCUCAUUCCUCCCUAGUUUGGCAAACUUACAAGAACAUACGUGAUCUCAAAAAAUCAGGGAUUCGGGUAAAGGCAAACAAGAGUGAUCCAUGGAAGUGGCAUAACAUCACUUUUACCUCGAGAUGGUUUAGUGGAGAAUUGACACUUCCUUUGUGGGUAUACAACGAUGUCACGCCUUACUUUUUUCGAAACUUGAUUGCGUACGAGAUGUGUCCAGACUUUCGCAACAGCUUCGAAUGUUGUUGUUUCUUUUCUUUCUUGGAUUCCUUGGUAGAUGAUGCUGAGGAUGUCAAGGAGCUUAGAUCAGCUGGUGUUAUCCAAAAUUUGCUUCAAAGCGACCAAGAACUGGCCAAAUUCCUUAAUGACAUUGGACAUGACUUGCCCACUAAAAUGUUCAAUCAAAUAUACACAAGCAAUGCUGUCUCAUUUAGCAAGAAUUAUAUCCAAGUCAGGCAUCAAAUUCAACAACAUUACUCGAGUAGAUGGAGAACUUUUCUGGCUGAAACACGGAGUACUUAUUUCAGUUCUCCCUGGUCUUUGCUUGCCUUCUUGGGUGCACUUGCUGCAUUAAUUCUCGCUGCUCUUCAAACAUGGUAUACCAUACAUCCUCCUAAAAAAUAGUUAUCAUAUUUCAAUAAUAAGUGUGUGUGUGUGUGUGUGAGUGUGAUAUAGGGAUCAUAGUUUAAAUCAAAAUUUCUUGGACCCAAAAAAGGUGUGUA